AGCAGCCUCUCUUGCCAUAUAACAUAACAUCCACCGGUUCCUUAAAUCUAGGGAUUAGGAUGUGAUAUUUUCUUGGGGGGGUUGGGUGGGUGGGCAUUAUUCAGUCUACAAUAGGAUGUGUGUUGGGGGGGAUAGGAAAUGGUUGAGGAGGUCUUUCUGAAGGAGGUGGUUUGACCAAAUUUGUGUAGGGAAACAGGGCCUGGGACACAUUCCAGGUUUGAGGGAUGCCAUGAGCCGUGAGCCAAUACUGGGCUUGUGCGCUGGUGGGACCGUAAGGUGUGGGCCAGCGAUCUUCCCAUAGAAACAGGAUGCCAGGGGCUUUCCUUCCCUCCCAAGGCCCGGCCAAGGGGGUUUUCUGGACUUCAGUCUUCAGGUCCAGGCUCCCCCCAGAAUUCACGUGAGAGGGCUGGCUCCAUUGGCAGUUACAGCCCCUUCCCCUUCCCUGCAGCUGCUGUCCUGCUUGGGAGACCCAGCCACACUUGGUGGCCCCCUGCAGUUCUCGGGCAGUGGGAAACUCACGAAUUCACGAGGGAAAAUGAACUUGAGCCAACUGGCCAGGGUUGGGGUGGCCCAGAAACUCUGGUCACACUGUUUGCACGGCCUCUGACAGUUACGAUACUCCCAUUCACUCCCCGGGGAGCCUUCCCUUGUCUUUGUCUGUUCCUAGGGUGCUUAGGGCCCCUGAGUCUCUGGGGAGGCGGAGGAGGGGCCAGAGUGAGGGAACAGCUUGUGAGAGGGGCAGAGAGCCAGGCCCUCUCCGGGAUUCUCCUGGGGAAAGCCUGGGGUUGCGGUGAAAGGUGGCCUCCUGCUGGUGUGACCUCACUCAGCUCUGCCCACUCCCUGCUGGCUGGGGGGCCUGUGGGGAGAAGUGCCUGACCCCAUGGGGGCCGGUGCGUGGGAACCGGCAGGCAAGAGUGGGCUUCUCCUGGGGGCAGAGUUGGGGAGCAGCAUGGGGUGUGGCUGUGCUGAACUGCGGGCCAGAGCGCAGCGAGUGACUCGGGGAUCUCAGCUGAGAUCUCUGUGGAGGUUCACACUGUUUCUGCCCUGGAAAAGGUGGAAGCAUUGUUUGGAAAAGUUGUGGUUUUUCUCUGUUGCUUCCUUCUGGUACCUUCUCUGACGAGGUUCUGACUGUGGAGUUAGGGGACGGUCCUGGUGAAGGUUCAGAGGCUGUUUGCAGAGCCUGUAGAAUGUAGUUGGAAGACCCAAGGAGACAGUCUGCAGUCCCUGAGGAAGGACACGGCCCAUUGCGCAGGUACUGGGUGAACUUCCUUUCCCCUACUUGGCCUGUGCCCUUUGGAGCAGUUGCCUUUGGGGGACACCCCACCCUGCUCCUUUCCUGUCUGCCUCCAAAGCAGGUGUGGCAUGUCAGACUUCCCCUUCUUGGGUGUGGGAUGAGAGGGUGACAUCAGCCUCCUCCGCACCUGGACCCAAGCCUCCCUGAACUGCACUGUUUUCUGGGAAACCUCCAGAGCACUGGCCAGCAUGAGGGCUCACCAGCAAGUGCCCCUUCCCUCUCCUGCCUCCUCAGCCCACCGGCGGGGGAGGGUGGGCCAGCAGGGAGUAUUGCUGCGUCCUGGGGAUUCCUCAGGACCGGAGAAGCAGAGGUCCUUUAGAUGAAUCUCCCCGAAGCGCCUGCGCCGGGCAGCGAUGCCAGGAUGCCUGUCUCUGCCUCCCUCCGCCCGGACGGCAGCCAGGAGCGGCCGGCGAGCCUGACCUCUACCACGUCUUCGUCGGGCUCCUCCCGGGACAGCCGAGGCACCAUGGAGGAGCCCAGCGGCCCCGAGGCCUCAGCCAAGAACGGUGCAGGCUCCCCUCGUGGCCGGCACCCGCGCAACAACACCAACAACUCCAGCAUGCUGAACAAGAAGGGACCCCUGUCCCCAUUCAGCGGCAGGGCAGCAGCGGCGCCUGCGCACAAGCUCAGCUACCUGGGCCGCGUGGUGCGGGAAAUUGUGGAAACUGAACGCAUGUACGUGCAGGACCUGCGCAGCAUAGUGGAGGACUACCUGCAGAUCAUUGACACGCCUGGGCUGCUGAAGCCAGAGCAAGUCAGUGCCCUCUUUGGGAACAUAGAAAGCAUCUACGCACUGAACAGUCAGCUACUCAGAGACCUGGACAACUGCAAUGGUGACCCUGUGGCUGUGGCCAGCUGCUUUGUGGAAAGGAGCCAAGAGUUUGAUAUCUACACCCAGUAUUGCAACAACUACCCCAACUCGGUGGCCGCCCUGAUGGAGUGCAUGCGGGACAAGCAGCAGGCCAAGUUCUUCCAGGACCAGCAGGAACUGCUGCAGCACUCGCUGCCCUUGGGCUCCUACCUGCUGAAGCCAGUCCAGCGCAUCCUCAAGUACCACCUGCUGCUCCAGGAAAUUGCCAAACAUUUUGAUGAAGAAGAGGAAGGCUUUGAGGUGGUGGAAGAUGCCAUUGACACCAUGACCUGCGUGGCCUGGUACAUCAACGACAUGAAGAGGAGGCAUGAGCACGCAGUCCGGCUCCAGGAGAUUCAGUCGCUGCUCAUCAACUGGAAGGGGCCAGACCUGACCAUCUACGGGGAGCUCGUCCUGGAGGGCACAUUCCGCCUGCACCGUGUGCGGAGCGAGAAGACCUUCUUCCUCUUCGACAAAGCACUGCUCAUCACCAAGAAGCGGGGCGAUCACUUUGUCUACAAGGGGCACAUCCCGUGCUCCUCCCUGAUGCUGAUUGAAAGCACCAGAGACUCCCUGUGCUUCACCGUCACCCACUACAAGCACAGCAAGCAGCAGUACAGCAUCCAGGCCAAAACAGUGGAGGAGAAACGGAACUGGACUCACCACAUCAAGAGGCUCAUCCUGGAGAACCACCAUACCACCAUCCCCCAGAAGGCCAAGGAAGCCAUUUUGGAAAUGGAUUCCUAUUAUCCCAAUCGGUACCGCUACAGCCCAGAGCGCCUGAAGAAGGCCUGGUCCUCCCAGGACGAGGUGUCCACCCAUGAGGGGCGCCGCCAGGGCCGCCGGCAGUCUGAGCCAACCAGACACCUACUCAGGCAGCUCAGUGAGAAAGCCAGAGCAGUGGGAAUGAAGGGGAAGGGGCGCGGGGAGUCUGAAGGCUCCGAGAGCCGCAGGAGGCCCAGUAGCCGGUCUGCCGACAGUGCUGAGAAGCACAUGAGCCUCGAGUCCAUUUCUUCCCUGCCUGAGGCUGAGCCAGACCCAGAGCCCGGGACAGAGCCGGAGGUGUUUGCUGCUGUGGAAGGUCCCAGCGCCGAGGAGAUGCCCUCAGACAUAGAGUCUCCAGAAGUCCUGGAAAUACAGCUUGAUGCCCAUCGGGAACUGCUGGGGCUGGACCACCAAAGUGACAUGGUGGACUUUGUGGUAGCCAAGAGCACUGAAAACAUGAAGGCCUUGAGCAGUGAGGAGGAGGAGGACGAUGACGAGGAGGAGGAGGAGGAGGAGGAAAUGGGGACUGCCCAGGAGUCUGAGAGCCUCCUGCCGCCCUCUGUGCUGGACCAGGCCAGUGUCAUUGCUGAGCGGUUUGUCAGCAGCUUCUCUCGGCGGAGCAGCCUGGCACUGGAGGACAGCAAGGCCACUGGCUUCGGGACCCCGAGGCUGCCCAGCCGAAGCAGCAGUGUGCUCAGCCUGGAGGGCAGCGAGAAGGGCCUGGCCCGGUGCGACAGCACCGCGGACUCCCUCAGCUCUCAGCUCCCCCCAGCAGCGGACCUCAGUGUGGGCAUGGCCACGGAGAGUGGCCCUUCUGUCAAUGGGACGGAGCCCCCAAGCCCAGGCUGCUCAGCAGAGACCAAUAGGUCUUCUUCCUGCAAGAAGAAGGAAUCCAUGCUCUCCACACGAGACCGGCUGUUGCUGGACAAAAUCAAGAGCUACUACGAAAAUGCAGAGCACCACGAUGCAGGCUUUAGUGUCCGACGCAGGGAGAGCCUCUCCUAUAUCCCCAAAGGCCUGGUGAGAAACUCGGUCUUCAGGUUCAACAACCUUCCCAGGCAGGACCCGGAGCCAGUGGCCCCGUUGGGGCACAAGAGACAGGUGGGCCCCAGGCCGGCUUCAUGGACCCUGUUUGACCUCCCAGGACCAGGCCAGGUGGGUGCAGGUUCUGGCGACCCAGCUCCUAUCACAGAUGCUGAGUUCCGCCCAUCUUCAGAAAUUGUGAAGAUCUGGGAAGGAAUGGAGUCUUCUGAGGGGAGUCCUCAGAAGGGGCCAGGCCAAGGUCAGGCCAAUGGCUUUGACCUACACGAGCCACUUUUCAUCCUGGAGGAGCAUGAGCUGGGAGCUAUCACUGAAGAGUCAGCCACUGCCUCACCAGAGAGCGCCUCCCCCACCCAGCGGCCCAGCCCGGCCCGCCUGGCCCGGGAGCUGAAGGAGCUGGUGAAGGAGCUGAGCAGUGGCUCCCAGGGAGAGCUGGUGGCCCCUCUGCACCCCUGCAUCGUGCAGCUCUCCCACGUGAUGGACAGCCACGUGAGCGAGCGAGUCAAGAAUAAGGUCUACCAGCUGGCUCGCCAGUAUAGCCUUCGGAUCAAGAGCAAGGCGGGGACAGCCAGGCCACCACUGCCAUGGGAAAAUGCAGCUUCCGCUGUUCCCCACCUGCAGGAAGAGGCUGGAUCACCAUCGGGUGGGAAAGGUAAGAGAAAGCCGGUGCUGUCCCUCUUCAACCACGAGGAGGUGCUGGCCCAGGAGCACAGCCUGCCCAAGCCCUGCUCGGCCGGGGAGAUGUCACCACGGCGUUUCUCCAUCCCUUCUGCUGGCAGCUCGAGGACCACUUCACCUGGGGCCCGGCCUGCCACUCGAAGCCCUCUCAGCCCCUUGGACACCGAGACCUUCAACUGGCCCGAUGUCCGAGAGCUCUGUUCCAAGUAUGCCUCCAACGACGAGGCGGUCCAGGUCGAGGGAAGCCGGUCCCGAGGCCCACCCGUCAGCCGGAGCCGCUCAGUGCCAGACAGCAUGAUGGAGCCGCCCGUGUCUGGCAGGGUGGGCCGCUGCUGCAGCCUGAGUGCCAAGAGGGGCCAGGUGGGCCCAGAGGCCGCCCAGCCCCGGCCUCCUGGGGUGUUGCCCCAGAGUGGGCCGGAUGGAAAGGAGGCCCUGUACGUCACUGCAGACCUCACCCUGGAGAACAACCGGCGGGUGAUUGUCAUGGAGAAGGGGCCCCUGCCUGGCCCCGCGGUGGGGCUGGAGGAGAGCAGAGGCCCUGGACUGAGGUCAGCAGCAGCCAUCGUGGGGCAGGGCCGGGAUUUGCAGGAGGCAGCCGCACAUCAGCCGAAGGAAGAGGGUCCCAGGGACCUAGUGGACCCAAGCCAGCAAGGCAUCGUGAGAAACCUGAGGGAGAAAUUCCAGGCCUUGAACUCUGUAGGUUGACUCUUGAGUCUUGGGGGAGGGAGGAGCUUGGGGGAUGACGAGGAGCCUUGACAUAUGUCCACAGGUUUGGGCUCACCCUCCUUACGGGAGCCUCACCCAGGGCCCUCGGAAGGCGGUGCCCGGGAACAGUGCCCCUGUGCGCUCAGCAAGUGCCUUCACCUGCUGUAACCACGCUGGUGCCCCCCCCCCACAAGCUCGCGGUGACCUUCCACAGGUCCAGAUGGGCCCCUCUUCCCUCUGAGGCCGGUGUGGCCCCUUCCCUUAUAUCCAGUUCUCCGGUGAGAAGCCACAUAUUUAAACUCACCUCUUCCCAGGGAGAGCAAGCCCUGUGUCAGCCGGCCACUGCCAGACUGAGGAGCCCACCGGGGGAGACGCGGGAAGGUGGCCUGGCGGGGGGCUGUGCCUUUUCUUAGGGUCCAGGCAGGAACGAGGUCCAUAAUUUAUUGUUUGUGUGCAUAUAUGUGUGUGUGUGUGUUUUCCCCGUUGAUUCCCGUCCUGUGAAGAAUGUAACGGACUCAGUUCAGGUACUUUUGUGGAUUGUUUCGCUGACCCUGUGGUUGUCGCUAAUGUAUACACAUUUCAUUAUUUGCCAAUGGUGCAAUAACCACUGCUGACCAACCGA